GACGCGCAGCAGACACAAUACGAGCUAAAGAGGCUGCGGUUGUUGACAUUGCAAAAUAUAUUGCUUGCAGAGGUUAGGCUUGACAGCACAUCGAUAAGAAGUUAUGAUUUUUUCAUCCUGGACUCAAGCUGCAUUUGUUUUUUAUUUAAUUACUAUAACUGAACGCCAAUCAUUUAGAUGAAUGUGCAAAAAUAUUAUUAACUUAUCGCCCUAGAAAUGCUUUAUUGGUUCUGGAUCAGAAUGUUAUUAUUCUGCAUCAAUCAAAUACUAAGUUUUUUAAGCCUAUGAUAAAACGAUUAAACCAUUCAACAUGCAUGACGAUAUGAAUUUAAACAAUUAUAUCAGUGGCAUGUCAUUGGGUACCUCCAACGAUAGUGCCUGUAGUAUCCAUGUUGCAUUACAUAAAGAUACAAAUACUUUUGUUGUUAUAAAAAAGUACCUUAUAGAUAAUCAAGACUCUGAAGACUAUAAUUUAAUUCAGCAAGAAAUCAUUACCACUAGACAAUUACAGCAUCCUAAUGUUCUUCCAUAUUUAAAUGCCUUUAUCUCUGGACCAAAUGUUUAUGUCUUAUCUCCUUUAAUGAGCUAUGGCGCAUGUAGCGAGAUAAUAAGUCAAUAUUUUAAAGAAGGAUUACCAGAAUUGACUAUUGCCCAUAUUCUUAGAGAUGUUUUAUGUGGUCUUGAAUAUAUACAUAAGAAAGGAUUUAUUCUUAGAGCAUUGAAAGCAAGUCAUAUUCUAAUUUCAUCGGAUGGUCAAGCUUGCAUAUGUGGCAUGAAAUAUUCUUGUGAAGUAUUUGGUAGUGGAAAGUGGCAAAAAACUGUUUAUUCUUUUCCGGCUUCGACUAGAAAAAAUUUGAAAUGGCUAAGUCCUGAAGUACUGCAACAAGAUUUACGUGGUUACAAUGAAAAGUCUGAUAUUUACAGUCUUGGGAUAACUAUUUGUGAAUUAGCAAAUGGCAUUGUACCAUUUGCUCUUGAAACCGAUAUUCUUAUGCUGACGGAAAAAGUAAAAGAUUCUAUACCAACUAUCAUUGAUAAUACUACAUUUCCUUUUGAUGUAAUGGAUCUUGAAGAGAUGGAAGAGCAAACACAAGGUCAGGAAGUCCCAAGGAAUUUCAGACAAAUGGCCAAUCGUACAUUUUCAGGAUCUUUUCAUGAAAUAACUGAGCGGUGUCUUCAAUUAAAUCCUAAUGCCAGACCAGGAGCCAGUGCACUUUUGAUGCAUCCGUUCAUAAAACAAUGUAGAAGAUCAGAUCCCGUUGUUUUAAAUACACUGAAAUCUAUAAAACCUCUUCAUGAAAGUUUUGUAGAAACUUUGGAAAAUCAAGCCACAGAUCUAGCAAAUACCAUGGGUAAUAUGGAGCUUGAUGAUUACCAAUGGGACUUUGAGAAUACGUAAAAAGCAUGCAGUAAUUAGUGAUACAUUAUCUGGCUGAAUUUCUUCUGUUUUCUUUUGAAAGAAGCAGUUCUACGCACAUUCAUUUAAUUGUUAGAUAUUUUGGCCAAAAUGAUACAUUUUGUGAUGCUGUUACCUGAUUUUUUCCUUGGAGUUAUUUAUCGAUGUAUU